AUGGAGACCGAGCGAGAUGGGCAUCAGCUUCCCCCUGCACCUCUAGGUCGUCGCACACCCGAACCAACUUCCACUGCUCACUCAGAAGCCGGACACGAACCUGCUACCCAAGACGGACAGGGUGUUGCAGCAGGCCCGGGUGGAGUCGACCCCGCAGAGCAUACGCAGAUCCGCGAACCACCCGAGCACAUCGUCCCAUUCGGUGGCGAGGCUGGCAAGCCCUCUCAACCAGGGCAGCUACCACGCUCUGGCUACACCUCGUACGAAGGCAAGGUUGAUCCAGAUGCAGUUAAUCCUUAUGCACCAUUCGCUUCACGUCUGGACUGGGAGAUUGCGCGCUGGGCUAAACUUCGUGGGUCAGGGUCAACUGCGUUCUCCGAUCUUCUCGCUAUCGAAGAGGUUCGCGAACUGUUGGGCUUGUCAUACAAAAAUAGCGACGAGCUGAACAAGAUCAUUGACGAGGGGCUUCCAAACCGACGGCCCGCAUUCCACCGCUUUGAGGCAUGCGUCGGAGGCGAGCACUUUGAGAUGUUCUGCCGUGACAUUCUCGAGUGUAUCCGUGCGCUCUACGGUGACCCCGAGCAUGCGGCAUAUCUAUGCAUCGCGCCAGAGCGCCACUAUGCUGAUGCGGACAAGACGCUCCGCUUGUACCAUGAUCUCCAUACUGGAGAGUGGUGGUGGGCGACACAGAAGAUACUCGAGAAGGAAACGCCGGGUGCAACAGUUAUUCCCAUCAUCAUAUCAUCAGAUAAGACUCAAUUGACAACGUUCCGAAACAAGACUGCAUACCCAGUCUAUCUUACGAUUGGCAACCUUCCGAAGGAGAUCCGCCGCAAGCCGUCACAUCGCGGGCAAAUUCUCCUCGCUUACCUUCCAACGAGCCGCCUCGAACAUAUCAAAAACAAAGCAGCCCGGCGUCGGACUGUGGCGAACGUCUUCCAUGCAUGUAUGUCGAUGAUCAUGGAACCUUUGCAGAAAGCUGGUGUAGAAGGUAUCCCCAUGACCAGCGGCGACGGUAUACAGCGGCGCUGCCAUCCAAUCCUCGCCGUGUACGUCGGGGACUAUCCCGAACAAGUCCUCGUAACAGGAACAUACACCGGCGAGUGUCCAAUCUGUCAUUGCUCUCACGACGACCUCGGGGCUUACCCAUGCUUGUCCGACUAUCGCGAUGUCGACGAGGUUUUCGCCACUCUAGGUCUCUAUGGUACAGCCGAUUACAACAAGGCUUGUGACGCCGCCGGCAUUAAGCCAAUCCAACAUCCAUUUUGGGAGAACCUCCCUUACGUCGACAUCUAUCGGUCGAUCACGCCCGACAUCUUACAUCAGCUCUAUCAAGGGAUUGUCAAACAUUUGCUUGCUUGGCUCACCAGUAUUGUCGGCGAGGACGAGAUCGACGCGCGGGUUCGGCGACUACCACCUAACCACACCAUCCGCAUAUUCCAUAAAGGAAUCACCGGCUUAACGCGUGUUACAGGUACUGAACACAAGCAGAUGGCACGGUUCAUGCUUGGCCUUCUGGUCGAUGUUCAGCUGCCUGGUGGUGAGUCAGUCGCGGACCUGUUCAGUGCUACGAAAGCCCUUCUGGACUUCGUGUAUAUGGCGCAAUACUCGGUCCAUUCAGGCGCAACUCUGGCUGCACUCGAGCGCUCACUGUCCGAAUUCCAUGCGAAUAAGGACGUCUUCAUCCGGCUUGGCAUACGAGAUCACUUCCUCCUCCCGAAGCUUCACAUGAUGACGCACUACGUCCGCGCGAUCAAACUCUACGGUACGACCGACAAUUACAACACAGAGUCCACCGAGCGACUCCAUAUUGACUUCGCGAAAGAGGCCUACCGUGCAACGAACCAUAAGGACGAAUUCCCACAAAUGACGAAGUGGCUCGAAAGGCGCGAGAAGGUGCUGCAGCACGCCAACUACGUUGAAUGGCGUCUCCUACGAGUGCAACGUGAGCAGCAUGAUCUCAUCGCUGCCCGUCAAGAGAUACACUGGCGGCCGCCAGAUAUGGCGUGUCCGUUACAUCAUCUCAUGGCGAAGCAUCCUAGUCGAAAGGCAGUCCCUGUCGCCGAGCUUGUGUCUUCUCAGGGCUAUGGCGCAACACAUCUUAGGGCUGCUCUUGCUCGCUUCGUGGUGGAGUUCAACAAUCCAGCUCUAACACGAAACGAGAUCGAAGCUCAGGCACACCACGUACGGUUUCCAUUUGCGACUCUACCUGUCUUCCAUAAAAUCAAGUUCCGCAAUCUUAUAUAUGUCAAGUAUCACGGUAAAGAGACCCUCGAUUCGAUCCAUGCGCGACCUCGUCAAAUAGGUCAGAAUGAUGAAGUGCUCAUACCGGCGCGCUUCGACACCGCACUCGUACGUGUUCGGCAAAGCGAGAACGCAGAAGCUCGCAAUGGCCUUGCUGAUAUGCGUGUGGGACGGGUGCGGGUCAUCUUCUCGAUCCCCGAGAAAGCAUCACCCUUGCUCUUCUCUUCUUCCACAAGAACGCGCAACCCGGAAUUACCACGACAUCUUGUCUACGUCGAGUGGCUGUCGAAAUUCGCCGCUGCUCCGGACCCACGCUACCAGAUGUACAAGGUGACGACACUGACGGGUGCGGCGGCAAUCGGGUCGGUAGUUCCGCUCUCACUGAUUGAACGGAGUGUUCAUCUCAAUCCGAAGUGGGGUGGGCCAGUACCUGUACAUUGGACAAGCGAGAACAUUUUGAACGAGUGCGCGACAUUUUACCUUAACCAAUAUAAAGAUUCCCAUAGCUUCUACAACCUGUACUAG